AUGUGUGAUCCAAUUUUUAUGCUGAAAUUAAAUCAUCUAGGUCAUGAUAAGGUUGCAAAUCGAUAUUACGUGCCUAGUCACUCAUUAUGCAGUCAGUUAGCAGAUAUUGAAAGAAAAUCAUUACUGUACAAAGAAGAAAGGGAUAAAUUAGCAUCCGAACGUAAUUUACUUUGUGAAGAUUUAGAACGUCUUUUAACAAGGAGACAGAGUUUAACUAAACUACGUGAAUUUAUUAUUUCUUUAUUACAACAAAUACAAUCUAAUUCAAAUGUUAAUUUGAAAAAAUAUGUUAAUCAUUUCAAUGAAAAUAGAAUUGAUAAUUCAUUAUUAAAUAGAUUAAUUCUAUCAAACAACAAUAAUAAUAAUAAUGAUAAUCGAAUUUCUAAUAUUCAUCAACAAGUUUAUGAUAUUAUACGUUCUCCAUAA